AGUAGAGAGGAAGUGCAAGCUCAAUCCUCGUGAUAAUUUUGAGAGAUCGCCACUGAUGAAGGCGGUACAGUGCCAGCAAGAACAAUGUGUCGCCAUUCUGCUAGCGCAUGGUGCCGACCCUAAUCUUGCAGAUGCUCUCGGCAACACUGCCCUUCACCUCGCUGCCCUUGCUCCUAACACCUCUCUAGCAGGGCAGUUACUGGAGCACAAUGCCCAUAUUGAUGCGCAGAAUAAGGUGGGAUACACGCCCCUCGCUCUUGCCGUGUCCGAGCAUCACAAAGAGAUGGUGGAGUUCCUGCUUAGAAAAGGAGCUGACGUGCACACUCGAGAUCAGCCUGAAAGGACCCCUCUUAUGCUUGCUGCUUCUGCUGGGGACAUGAGCAUCAUAGAAGUUCUUCUUGGCUACAGUGCUGAUCUUUCCCAGAAAGACAUUCUGGGACGGACAGCAGAAGAUUAUGCUGCUACUUCUGGGCACGCUCAUGUUAGUCAACACCUGGCAGACUGCACAGAGAAGAAAAAUGCGGGAGAAGCUUCUGCAGGUGGCAGAGCUUCCUGA